UCAAGAGUUAUUUCAGUAAAUUUCAUGUUUAGUUUUUUGAUCGAUGAUUUUUAGUUUUACUUUAAGUAAACAAUAACAAUGCUGCCACAACCUAGUUUGAAAAGGCAAUACAUUGUUUUUCGGUUUGUAGAGUAAUUUUUUCAAAGCGCUAAUGACAUUCUUGUCUAUAUAGAACUGUAUAUAAAUUGGAAGUAUUGUUCACACUGUCACUUUCCUAAGCCUGGCUCACACUGUGUGAUUUUGGCAAAUUUUUGGUCGUCUGUGACAAAUUUUGAAAAUUCAUAUAAUCCAAGGCUAAAAUCUGUAGUAAUUGGUCGUUAGUUUGACAUGUUCACUGACAGCCGAUUAAUGACCACUGUGAUCAUAUUUUACCUCGAUGUUCUGGCAGUGUCAGAAGAUUUGAAGCCCAGUCCCCUGCAGUGCGACUUCUCCUAUGAGAACGUCUAAUUGUUUUUCAAGACAAGCCAUGAUCAAAAUUAAUGCUGGAGUGUUUGUUGUUAUGAUGCAUGUCCACUGGAGCAGAGCUGAUCGAGAACUUUCAUAGAAAUAAAAUGAAAACACUCGCUCCGUGUGAGUGGACACCCACUGUUAGCCACCAUUUCAUUCCUGAGUGUAAUGCAGCUCACCUACACUGAACGUUUCAUCAUGACAAUACAGUACAGUUUAGUCUUCCUUGUUUUACCAAGUUUUCCCUUGUGUCUGAUUAGUUAUCCCUCUCACCUGUCAUUGUUAAUCUCGUUUGUCCUCCAUCUUAUUUAAACCCUGUGUUUGUCCGGUCUCAUCCGUGUUUAAUGUGGAUUGAACCCUGAUAGUUGGCUUAUUAAAUAUUUUUGAACUCUUCUUCUUUGUCUUUAUUGGAUUGUUACAUGGACCACACAUGACAGAAGACAGGAUCAACAGAUUAACAGUGGCAAUUAUUAUUAUUAUUUGUUUUGGUUUUUUUGCACAAUGGAUGAUCCUGCUCUCCUCAUCCUACUGCUGGAUCAGGGGGAGCGCUCUCUUGAGGACCACACAAGAGACUUUUUGGACCUUGCCAACCAAACACACUACCUGGAUAACUGCCUCACCACGUUCUACCAUGUGGGACUAAACACCGCCGUUAAGGCAAAACUGUCCGGUGACGGUCCUCAAGAGAGCCUAGUCACCUAUGUGGAGUGGGUGCUGGUAAAUAACAACUCGCCGCUGACCCCUUGUUACCUAGAUGAGGAACUCACCAGCCUCACUCCUGAGCCAGCCAUCAUACCAGCACAGCACAGAGUCUGAGCACUCAGCACGAGCCCACCUCAGACAUGGAGGUGUGACCGAAGAGCCUGAGGAAACCAUCACCCCGGUGCCCACGCCCACCAAUAAGUCUGAAAGUGAAAAUGAACUGACGUGUGGCCAAAUAUGGUGACCCAUAUUCGGAAUUUGUGCUCUGCAUUUUACCCUACAAGUGCACAUAGACAGUAGUCAACACAGACACACACCUGGAGUGAACUAGGUGUGCAAAGUGACCACAACAUCGGAGUAAGUUUUCAUGAAAGACAAGGGAAAAGAGAAAAGCCAUGCCCACAUCUCCGCUGAUGAGGGUGAGCUGCAGCUGAUUUCUUUGAAUUCUCUUUACCAUUCUUUGUCCGUGUCCAGUUUUGCUUGUUUUUAUUUCUCACUUGUUCUUUCCAGCCCUAAGCCUUUUGAUCCCUCGCUAGUUCCUCCCAGCACCAAGCCGUCUCACUGGUUUAGUCCAGUACUGAAUUCUCUUGAAGCCUCUUAAACUACCACCCAGCCUCCCUAUACCACCUCUGCCUUGUAUCUGGCUUUUCAGUUCAUGUCUCAUCACCUAUCUGUCUUUCUGUUAACUCUAUGCCAGCUGCAGCUUAUGUUAUUACCAUCCAGCCUCAAGAUCAUCUACAUCUAUUCGGGACUGUCCUGCUGUUGGAUCUUAUGGACCUCAUCACCAUUUCUGUACAGCCUUUGUCUAGCACUUACACAUCUCCGUCUCUCACCACAGCCAAGCACUCAAUCUCCACUCCUCUGCUGUCAGUCAUCCCCAAUGCACACCCUCAGACUGCAUCUGCCUGUGUGGGUCCACAUCAGGGCUUCCUUCCAUCAGCUCUACCUUGGUGUGAGGUUCCCCUGUCUCCGCCUGGGCUCCUAGCUUCCUUGUCUCCACCAUGGCCCCUUAUCCCAACGACUCCACUGGGCUCCCUUCUCCAUCCUGCUUAACCUUGGUCAGUGGUUGACCAUCCAGCUCCACCACGGUCCAGGCUCCUCAUCGCAGGCGCUUGCACCCCCAGGAUCCUCUGCCCAGGCGUCAUCCAUGGCUCCUGCAUCUACACCUGGGGCCAUAACCUUGGCUUGGUUCUGGUUGCCAUUGUUCUGCUGAUAUCAUGUGAUUGUGUUUAAAUCAUGUAUGAAUAUUCCCAAACACUAUGACUUCUAGAUGCGCUUUCUGUGUGAGAUAUGUAAUUGUUUUCAUAUUUCUGGAAAAUACUAAAAUACGUGUUUGUAUUAAAGUAAAUAUGGAUGAUAAGUCUUUUGAAUGGACAACAGAACAGAAAUGAUAUCACAACACAGCGCAUGAGAGUGAAUAAUGCGAUAUUGCCUUUGAGAGGUAUCUGUUCUACUUUGAGAGGUCAGAACUGUACGACUUGACUGCACUUAUUUCACUCCUCCCCUCACUGCAGUUUCUUACUCUCAUCUAUAUUUGUUUGGCCCCCAGUGUUUGUCCAGUCUAGUCUUUGUUUAAUGUGGUUAAUGUGGAUUGUACCCUGAUCGUUGGCUUAUUAAACAUUAUUGAACUCUUCUUCUUUGCCUUUAUUGGACUGUUACAUUCACCAUGUGUGACAGAUACAUUGUUCAUAAAGUUAGCUCAUCAUUAUAUAAAAAAACUAAUUAUAAACAAAAAACAACAAGGUUGUUAGGAUCUUAUGUUAUCCUGAGGAGAUUUAUUUAUCAAUAAUGACCAGAUGAUUGUAUAUUAGCCCAUUUAUAGGGCUACUAAAUAAAUCAAUAAAAUGGAGAUUGAAUAUUUAAGUUGCAAUACUUGUAUAUCUGGUAGGCAUUACACAAUAUCACAUCUAUAUGAACCAGUCAGUUACAGAGGUGUGUAAAUUUUUAUUGAUCAUGGCAGCAGUACAUUAUUACAUUAUAACCAAAAAGCAUUAUAGCUGUGCAUAUAUCCAGACUUGUGUGUAGUAAAGUGUACAGUUCCCUUAAUAUAAGGUUUUGACAGGACUGCAAGAUGAGGAAUAUCAUUCUUCACUGAGAAAACCGAAAGAGAUGGUCCUGUUAUUCGUAACCGAGUGAUGGCAAGGAAUAAACCCAGGACUAAAAGAAGACUGUGUACAAGUUCAAAAAGACUUUGAUGAAAAUAAAAAUGGAGAUCAAGCAUUUGGGGGAAAAAAAUAUUUAGUGAAAGAGUUUAACAACCAAGAAAAAAAGCAAUACAAGUGUCUCGUGAUCUCCGUAAGCUUUUCUAUUUCCUAUUAUUGUCAUCUUCUCCUUCCAUUUUCUUGUUAUUGUUGCACACACAAACACAUCAAUGAGAAAAAUACCUCUGUGUUCACGCUUAUUCCCCCUCUACUCUUGCUGCAGACAAAGCCCGUCGUAACCAUGAUGACGGACAGUAAGGAGGCGAAGCUUGAUGCACGGGUAGAGGUAACAGUAUCUGAAGGCCCAGGUAAACAAAAACAGAGUAAGGAUCUUCCUGAACAGCCUGCUGUGGCAUCAGCAGUCUAUGGUGUUUCAAAAAGGGUCACAAAUACUUUAAGAAUUGUGUGCUGUAUCUGCGUGUUUCUGCGCGUCUUAAAAGGAAUAGUUCUGUCAAAAAUUACAAUUCUUUCAAUACUCACCCGCAUUUCUUUGAAAAACUAUCACUUCUUCUGUGGAGCACAAAAGAUACAUUUGUAUAGAUUUUUUUUCUUGCCAUUACAAUGAAUGAGGAUGGGAGUACAGUGGAUUUCAAGCUUCAAAAAGGAUGUAAAAACCACCACAAAAUGGUUCAUAGGACUUGUGCAAUGUAUUUCAGGACUUCAGCUAGAUUUGGACUAGAUCUGUUCAGACAUUGCUAAUUUCCUCAUUCUUACAAUGAGAGAUGGAUAGCAACAUUUUUUAUCUUAAACUUUGAUUUGUUAGCUUUAGAAGUCUUGGAAACUAUUGCACAAGUCACAUGAACCACUUUUAUGGUGCUUAUGCACACUUUUUGUCCCCAGUCCUUAUUCAUGUAAUUGCAUGAAGCAGAGUGACCAUCACAUUCUCCAAAAUUUCUCCUUGUUGUUCCUGGGAUUCCAGAUUUGAAACGACAGGGGUGUGAGUAAAUGAUUUUCAUUUCUGUGUGAAUUAUUCCUUUAAAUAUGAUUUAAUCACAUGUUAUUGUUGCUGUCCAGGGUUUACACACCUUUUUGAGUGAACCUUGUGCCCUCAAACUUUAUAACCACAUUUAACUUAUUAACAUUAGUAUGUUUCACAUGUGACUUAUUUCAUUCUUUCUCGGUACAGCUGAAGCGUGGCAUGCUCUAUUUUAAGCUUGUUUCUUUAUGUUGUUACAGAUAUAUACCAAUGUUACGCAAUCAAGUACACUGCUGACAAAAGAAACAGUGCCAAUUAUUUUGUUGCUUAUGAGAAAUAUAUCAAUUAAUCAUGUACUAAUGCUGAAAUUUGGAGUGUGAGGGGAACAAGUAGGUUCAGGUGGGCAUUUCAUUUGCUGCGACAAAAACAAGUUAUUGGCUUUGAUGCACAAGUGAGAAGCUUUGUAUGACAAAAGUGUGCAGAGCAAGGUUGAGUAUUCUUAUGUUGUAAAGUGGGAAGGAUGUGUUUUUUAGCUUUUGUGAAGAAGUGCGAGGAACAGUCAGGUCUGAGUUGAUUUAUUUAGCUGUACCGACACACAUAGGAACAGAAAGGCCAUGUUUGAGUAUAGUAGUUGUAGUAUAGAGGAGUACAAGGGAGACACAUCAAGGGCUGUUUCUCUGGCUGAGUGGUGUCCACCCACAUCAUAUGCCUCAGUGAUUGAGGACGCCUGCAGCACUGCAUUGUGGGCUAGAGAAAUGGAGUAGCAGCUGGGAAGAGACUUGGACUUGGACGAGGCUUUAAGAGGGAAAUGAUCAGACAAAAUAUGAGAAAUCAUAAAGUAAUCCAGUCAUAUACGCUUGUAAAGCAGUAAACUCUGGAACAGUAAUAACUUCAGGAAUUUCGCACUAGAACAACAACAGAGGUUGUCACUGACGGCAGUCUCUGGAAGUGGAACUUCUCCUGAGCACUCGUUACAAACCAAAGGUCCCUUGCCUUAUCAUUGGUUAAACGUCAUUACAUGGGAACCGUAUGAUUCAGUCAUGCCAGAGACACUUUGCACCUGCAGACUUACACUGUAAUUGAGCGGCGACGGCAGGGCAAAAUCCAGCCAUUCCGGCGUCGACUUGGGAAGAAGAAAAGGAGGGAAGCAGAACGUGGGUUUGAGGGAUCUGAACUUAAACCUAGCCAUUCCACUGACAGAGUUUGCAAUGGGGUGGUCUCAGUUUUUGAGGAGAAUGAUCAGUAUCUAAGGGAGUUAAAAACCCUAGGGUCACGAGCUUUUUCUCACGAGAGUGUAUUUAUCCCAGAGGACUCAGAGGAGACAUAUCCAGGACAGACAAUGUCCCAGGAGAACGUUUCAGACAAAGUUAGGAACAUUCAGAGGCAAAUUGGACAUAAUAUCAAAUUUGGUCAGAGACUUCCUUCACUUAGAAAGAGUGAGGGAGAUGAAGGUAGCUCAGAUGAAGAAGAGAUGCCACGAAGUCCACUGAGGGUUCUCGCUCAGGUGGAGAAUGAGCCACCGGAGACCGAAGCCAAGGAAAAUGCUGGCAGCCACGAGACGGUCGAUCACAGAGCUCCAAUCAAAUCCCCACGCACUAAGCGCCCACCUCCCCCUGGCACAAUUGAGUCCAUCAAUCUAGAUGCUGUCCCUCAGUCUGUCCCACGCUUGGACAACACUGCUGCCAAACAUAAACUGUCUGUCAAACCGAAGAACCAGAGGGUGUCACGCAAACAUAGAAGAUUCACACAGGAGUUUCAGGAAGAGGAUUUCUCUGAAAUGCAAGAGCAAUCUGAAACACAAAAGGACGAAGAAGUCUUUGAUUUGCCAAAAGAGGACUAUAACAUUAUCCAUUGGAGCAAAGAGGAUUAUGAACCCACUGAGAAAUCAACAAGGCGACGAUUUCAUGAGGAGGAGCUAGAACGCCUUGAGCUUCAGAGAAGGGAACAAGAGGUAGAGAGAAAGAUGGAGGAACAACAGAGGAGAAUUGAGGAGCAGAGGCUAGAAGAAGAAAAGCUGCGCAGACAGGAGGAGGAUAGGCUGCAAAAGGAGGAAGAGGAGAGGAUGCAACAAGAGGAAGAGGCAAGGAAAGAAAAGGAAGAGGAAGAAAGAAGGAGAGAAGAGGAAGAGCAAAGAUUAAAAAGCGAGGAAGAGCAAAAGAGGCAAGAGGAUGAAAGAAUGCGGAAAGAGGAGGAGGAAAGAAGAAGAGCAGAGGAGGAGAGAAGGCAGCAGGAACUUGAGGCAGAACAUCUUCGUCUGAAAGAGGAAAGAGAAAGGGAGCAGGAGGAGAGCCUGAGAAAAGAGGAGGAGGAAGCAGAACAACGUAAGAUUCAAGAGUUAGAGGAGAAACGGCAGAGAGAGGAAGAGCAACGCCUCCGUGCGGAGGAAAGAAGCCGACAAGAGGAGGCUGAGAGAAAAAGACUAGAGGAAAACGAGGAAAGAAAGGGGCAACAGCAAGAGGAGAAAGCUGGAGCUACUGACCCAGAAUGGAAAAGAAAAGCAGAGGAACUGAGAUGGAGAGAGAUGGAGGAGAGACAGAGGCCCUUCACUUUUAAGGUCUCUUCAGGCGAGAAGCAGAUACUAUUCCAGAAGGUCAACCUCACUCCUGUUACUCUGUCAACUGGCCAACAGGGUGAAUCAACAGCUGAAACCAGCGAGGGAGCCAAAGCUUCUUCACCAGGAUGCACAGAUUCACCAACUCUAUCUUCAUCUCUUUAUGUCCCACAUACUGCAAUUCUUGUGACAGGAGCCCAACUUUGUGGAACUGCAGUCAAUCUCGAUCAGAUCAAGGACACAGCCUGCAAGUCCCCACUUGGCCUUUCGGAAGGCAAAAAGGCCAUGAGCACUCCUCCAACCAAAAGCAGGUCUUCACCAGAUCGUAAAUCUGGAAAAAACAAAUCCUUAUAUGAGUCUUCCUUAUCUGUAGACCAAUCAAACGCUGCUGUCUUGGCAGAAUGGGCAAGUAUCCGAUCCAAAAUUUUUAAAGGUGCUGAGGAUGGAAAAUAUCCUGAAUACCUGGAUCAGAGUCGCAGGCCGAUAAGUGAGGAUCUAAACACAGUGCAAUUCUCUCACAGCAACCUCAUGAAAACCAUGUCAGCCAGUGCUAAGUUUUCCAUCAUACCAGCCAGAGUGAAGUUUACUGAUUCCAACAGGCGCUCAGAGAGUUUUGGUCAGGAAGACAAAGAAGGUGUGACAAUAGAAUCACCAUCUAUGGAAAUUCCCUCUGUACAAAAAUCUGAAUUGCCCUCUUUAGGUACCAAGAUCCAGAGCAGGGGAAGCAAAGUUGUCCACAUUGCAGAUAGUGUUGAAGAAUGCAUGUUUGCCAAAGACCUCCCCUCCUUCCUUGUUCCCAGUCCACCACAUGGAUCUCCCAAAUCACAGAGGUCCGAGACUGGAUCCCCAAGUCAGGCAGAAUCAGAAGACUUGGAUCCAAAGGAUGAAAGGGAUCAGAAGGAUCAGAGUGGUGAUGAGCGGCCGUCACCUUUUGGAAUCAAGUUGAGAAGAACCAACUACUCUCUUCGCUUCCACAAUGAACAAUCUGCAGAGAAGAGGAAGAAAAGGUACAGUGCAGGAGACAGUUUUGAAGGUGUCCCAGUGCCCCUCACCUCCACUGACCAAGAUUCUGACACUUCUACAUUCUCUGAAACGUCUAGCCCUGUUUCUCCUCAACUAGAGAUUAUUGGAUUUCAAACCACUACAGCACCCAGUAAAGAAUCUCAAAGUAAGUUUAGCAGAAAUACUCUCCCUUUGGCAUGCACUGAAGCCGACCACUUUGUCCCCAAGCCUCCAUUUUACCAAAAACCAGCUACCUCCCCCAAACCAUCUGAAGGUGCCACACCUCCACCCUCUCCUCUCCCUAAACCUGGUAGAAGGACUUCAGGGGAAAUGAUUUCACUAAGGACAGGGCAAGCAGAACAGAUAGAUGCUGAGCAGAGCAGUGAUCAAAAGGAAGAAGUUGCAGGAUCUGUACCAUCCCAGAAAAAUGGACAAGGAGAGGAGGAGCUUAAAGAAAAGAAGUCAUUUUUUCCAUCCAUCAGCAUGCCAUGGAGAGAAAAAACAGACCGUAGGACAGAACUAAUUAAAAAAGAAAAACCCUCUCUGCAGGCCAGGCACUCUCUGGACAGCUCACGGACACAAGAGAAAGAGACAGGACCACUUUGGAUCACUCUGGCACUGCAAAAACAGAAAGGCUUCAGAGAACAUCAGCAAACCCGAGAGGAAAGGAAGAGCCAGAGAGAAGCUAAGCUGGCUGAGAAACAGGCUAGGGACAGAGAUAGUGCUGGAAUGAUCAGUCCCACAGAAGAUAAGGGCAAUGGAAGUUCCAGACCUCUCAAGCCUCAAACAGCAGAUGAGAAUAAGAGACCAGACUCACUCCUGGCCCGUUUUGAACGACGUGACAACUUGAAAAAAGCAAAUACCUUGCCCAGCUCAGUCACAGUUGAAAUUACAGACUCUACACCAUCUCCGCCAGCAACAAAAGAUGUGACAAAGCGCUUCCCUCCUGGUGACACUACCCAGGUUUCUACCGAGCCUGCCUGGCUUGCCCUAGCAAAGCGUAAGGCCAAAGCCUGGAGCGACUGCCCACAGAUCAUCAAGUGAUCCAUUACUUCUGAGCAGUGAAAAAGCAAACAAGGCAUCUCCUUCAUCCACAUCACUUAGCCAUCACUGGACCCCAGCACACCUAUUCCUCUGAACAAAAAGUCUAUAAUUUACUUUUGAGCAAUCAGGUAUCUACAAAUAUUUGGUAAUUUAGUGACUAAAUAUUGUACCAAUAUUCAGAUUCACUAAGGAUUUUAUCAAAUGAUCACUUAGACAAUGACAUCAAUCUUCCACUCUGGUUUUCAAUACACAGGAUUAUUGCAAUAGCAUGCAUUAAAAGCUUAUUUACUCAUUUUGUAUCACAGUCUAUCAAACAAGCCCUAGAAUCUUCAAAGAAGUUGCAGCCCUUCAUAUCUUCAAAGUUACCAGUGGUUAACAGUGUAUAUACACAAUGCAUGUCAAACUGUUGAUUCUAGAUAUUACUAAAACAAUAUCAUAGGUUCACAUUAAGUACAAAUGCAUCAUGUCAAAUAAAACAAGAAAGUAUGUUGUUGCUUUGGUGACAAUUCUGGGAAGAAAUUCAAGGGCUAAUAAUGACACAACCUUCACAAAUUUCACUCCUCGCUCCCACAAGCAUGUAAAUCAGAGAAACUGUUUUGUAAUUUUUCUAGUUUUCGUUUUCCAUGUAUGCACUCAAAUGAGUUGCCACUCACAGAGCUUGCCUAUGGACAGACAUUGUAACUUUUUUAUUUCUUAUUAUAUUUGAUAUGUUGGCAAAGUAAAAAGAUCUCCACUGUGUCCGUGACAACUGUGAGUACUGUUAUUUUAAAUAUUGCUAAAAAUCAUAAAUGACAAAUCAGCACUGUUUAUACAUGUAAUCAACUAACAGUGAAUUUUUCCUUCAAGUUUCCAUGAUAACAUAGUAUACAAUGCACUUGAACUGUGCUGUCAAUUGAUGAAAAAUCGACUUCUUGCAGUGUCUAUACCCGCCAGUUUCUGUAGAAUUGGUUGACCUGGAACCGCCUGCUUGCUGUAACAUAAACAUUGCUAUCCUGGCAUAGCGUGUGCUAGCAUCUCUUUUACAGCUAAUAAGCAAAACUUGCAACACGGCUAAGUGAUGGGAGAUCAGUGUUUCAAAUCCAAUGUUCUGGGGAGAGAGAGUAAGAACAAGAGGUCUAGCCAAUGGAAAUAUCCUUUUUAAAAAAGAGGAGCAUUUCCAGUGAGUGAAUGAAUGGACUAUUGACGGACAUCACCUCUUGUCCUUGAAUAAGGCAGCUAACCCCAGAUUGCUUCGGUGGGUAUUGUCCUUGUAGGUGCAGUUGCUCUGAAAAAAGUGUCUGCUAAAUGAUGGAGGUUAGUAAAAACGAAACCUUGAUCUCUCAGCAGAGCCACUGACUCCACUAUCUAAUGUAACAUUGUAUGUAUGUAAUGUAUGUAUGUAAUAGAAGUGAAAUGAAGCAGACUGCAUUCCUUUGGAGAUCUCCUGAACUGCAGUCACGUCACUUUUUUCAUUGGUAGUGUGCAAUAGUGUCGCGUAAACAGUGUUGUAUAAUGAUAUAAAACAAAAAGUUUGUUGAUAAUUACACUUUUUGUUCCACUUUAGUAAAAACCCAUGACAGAAAAAGUGAUGCAAUGUUAUGAAAUGUUGAAAAAAUUAAAGGAAACUGUUUGAACUUGG